GGUUGCUGUGACGUCCAUGCAAAGGCAAAUGCGCUGGCUUAAACCUCCAUAGAUACGCACGUCUUAGUGGCCUAGGUUACAUAGGUUAGGUAGGUCCUGGAUUCUGGGGCCUGGGGGGGCCUGAGGACUUGGCGCUUGUAGGUGCGCUCGCACUUUGCCAUUUGAACUCUUGUUGUGCACCGAGUAGCUGAGGCACUUCACGAUUCACGAGAUUGAUUGGGAUUCUCCAGCGUUCAAUUUCUCGACAUAAGCCGUACUCAAUCACAACAUCUCACCUCGUGGCAGCUUGACACAACUACCAAAUUCUGUGGGGCGCCAGCAGAAAUGGCCGAAAUCCAGGCAAAGCUUCAGUCCCUUUCGGAGGACUACCAAAAAUUGCAACAAGAACUUCAGGAAGCCGUUGCCUCUAGACAGAAGCUGCAGGCCCAGAGAACUGAAAACGAAGGCGUAAAAAAGGAAUUUGAGCGUUUGAAGGACGGGGAGAGUAUCUAUAAGCUCGUUGGCCCGAUACUCCUGAGGCAGGACAAGAUCGAAGCAGACAGUACGGUGAAAGGACGUAUCGAGUUCAUCGGCAAGGAAGUUGAGAGGACGGAAAAACAAAUCAAGGACAUCCAGGACAAGAUCGAAAAGAAGAAGACUGAGAUCAUACAAAUCCAGUCGGCAGCACAAGCUGGUGCCGGGGGUCCUGGUCAGGUUGCAGCAGCAGCUUGAUCGUCGACAACCAAUUAGCAAGUAUGCUGGUCUUGCGACCUGCCCAAAGAGUCUGAUGCCAUACGGAAGGGAAAGGAAAAUUGUGUACAAGGCCAAACGCAAGUGCUUUGGGGGACCGGGACUUGGAAAUGGAUAUUGAAGAACGUGUCCCUUGCGGCCAGUCUCGCUGCCCCUAUGAUCUCUUGAAGAAAUCCCACAUGGAGGUCCAAAGGGAGCUGGGACCAUGAUCUCGUGUUAGAUGCCAAGAUACAUCCCUGGACGUGAUGAUCAACAAUAGAUUUAUGCCGAGCUUCGGAAGAUUCCUCGCUUUGCUGAGUCGGAGAACCCGGAAGUGUUAUACCGGUGCCUGCUUCUGAUUUCGUAACUUCGUAGCCCACGAGUACUCAGAU